UCCGAUAUCGCAUAUGGCCGAGUCGUUCUCCGAGUUUCCGAGUCAGCUCGGCCCAAUCCUCGAUCCCCUCGCGUCUGCCGGGUCUGAUCGCACCAGAACUGCCGAUUCUCCGCCCGUCGACGGCGAACUCUCCCGGCCGAUCCGCCUUGAAGCCGCUUCUGGAGCUGACAAAUAUGUGAUCUCUGCUGAAGAGCAGGAGCAGGCUCUUCGGCAACUCGAGGAGGAGCUUGAUGAUGCGACAACAUCCGUGGAGCGGCUGAACGCUGCUCUGAAAGAGAAGGAUGAAAGGAAAGCUCAUGUCCUCAAUGAAUUGAACCGCUUGCGUGAGAAAAUUAGGGACGCUGGUGCUGAUUCUGUGGUUGAGAAGUUAAUGCUGCUUCUUCGGUCAGUGAAGGCUUUGGAAAGGCAAGAAUUUGCUCUCAAGUCUAACUUUGAUGCGAAACAUGCCGAAUUGGAGGCAGAGAUUUGUGAGCUGGAAGCAAAAGCAUCAAAUGAUUAUGAUGAUAAGUCUUUGCACGAUGGUUUGGAUCAUUCUAUAGGCACGGCAUCGGAGAACUUGCACUUAGCAAAGAAGGAACUUGCUGCUAGGUUGCGGGCAGUGCUAUCUUUAAAACGACAGCUUGAUGAUGUGCCGACACCAUCGGAGCUAACUCAGUAUAAGUGCCGAUUGGCCGAACUAAACACGAAUAUUGGGGAAAAGGAUAGACAAACACGGAAAUUCUAUUCAACCUAUAAUGCGCUUCUGGAGAUUAAAGAAUUAAUGCUGAAAGAGAUAUCAUUGCUGAACUCGAUUAAUUCUCAAUUUCAAGAUGCAAUAGCUAGUACUGCUGGUCAGAUGAAACUUAUUGACUCCAUGGAAGGAAUUCUGAAAGGCAUUAAACAGAAGCUAGAAAAGAUGCAAGUUGGGCUUCAAGCAGAUCAGAAGAUCUGUGACACUCUCAGGGAGAGGUAUGUGGCAGCAGUUGCUGACCAAAGGCACAGUUUUACCAUGUCAAAAGCUUUACAGCUGCUGUUCCAAAUCCUAGUCUACACAGUUGUUCAUCGACUUUCCGAAUCCCCAGGAGCAACGUGCAAGGAAUGAGAGACUUCGGAGUGAAGUUCUGUCCCAAAGCAACGAUGAGACUUGAAAGCAAGAGCAGUAUCCGAGUUGUCAGGGAAAUUGCUCCUUGGAAACGUUCGAGAUGGUAAGAUUACAGAGGGAGUGAGUAUCAGGAACAUGGGGUUAUCAGUUGCCGGGUCUGAACUGGCGGUAAGCGUGACUUGGACAUUGACAUCUGUAUCGAGACAUAUUGUUGUGGAUAAAAUAAAAGAUAAUCUAGAGAUCCAUAUGGAGACAUUUUCACGGACAAAGGAUUUCUCUAUCACGAAGAUGAUGUCGAUGAUUGUCCCCAUCUGGUAUAGCAGGAUUGCUUGUUAUUAAGGGCAAGUAAAAUGUGGAACCAUUUGUUUUCUUACCUAUAGCAACAUUUAAAAUAUGCCUUUACUAUUCCGAUGUCCUCAGCAACAACGCCAAAUUGUGCA